GCCGGAAGUUGCUGUCGUCAACACUGCGAGUCACAUGACAAAUACUGGUCCGACUGGAUCAAAUUCCUUCGUUUCAAGUAGAAAAACCAAUCGUCUCUCAGGAAAGAAAAAACGUGUAUUAAAUACACAGUCGACAAUUUAACAGCACAGUUUUGUUUUGUCGCUUCGUCGUGUCAAACGUGACGAGAACUGAUGACGUCGCCGCCCGUUUCUUGUUGAAUGUUUGGCAUAGUGAGUCAAACACCAGGAAGCAAGAUGAGCUAAUUGCUAAAUGCUAGCAGCCGUACGUUGCCGUUGCUUUGUCGACGCGAUGAAAGCACAGCAAAUCAGUCCAUAGGUGCUUGUUUGACAACACGAAGCGAUUCGAUUCUAAUUUCGACAGCAACCAUCGGUCUACAUUGCCCCGGGUGUGUUGUUGUGAGACCGCUAGCAACCGGGGGGCUGCCAGCCGCUCCGUCCAUCGUUUUUGCUCGUAGCGUCGCUCCUCUUUCUGCGGAAAUAUGGCCGGAGCGCACCGAGCUGGUGUCGUGGCUGCAUUACUACUCGUCUUUCUUCUGGACGGUAGUAAGGCAAGAAUACACAAACUCACCCUGAAGAAUGAAACUCGUUUUUUCGUCCACCUCAACACUUUUGGCUUUUAUGCUAACGGCACUCUGGAUGUGAACCUCCACUCGCUGCGCCUCCCGCAGCAGCUGGUCAACUACAGCGCGUACCCGGUCGGGUUCAGCUUCUCCAGGGCCCAUGUUAGUGGAGUUUUGUCGUACACGGCUGAAGAGACGGAGUCGUGCCCUCUCACACUCACGAAAGUAACCAACAAUGAACCCCUCAUCCUCUUUCUCAUUGACAUCGGCAGUCUCAGUGUCAAAGUGCGUGUCCUCGGAGAUCAGGACAACGUCUUGACCGGCAAACUGAAGGCCAAUGUGCAGACCAAAGAGAAAGGUCAGCGGUCCAGCCGAGAGGCUCCUGCUGGGACUCCAGCUAAGCCGGCGGAGCAGACGAAAGCCGGUGAUAAGAUAUCUGAGAAAACAGCAGGUGAGGCGAAGGUGCAAACAAAUGCAGAGCCCGUCAAUCAGAUGAAGGAAGAUCAGACGGCGGAAAAGACGGCAACUGAAUUCCAGUUGGCGUCCACCAAACAGCUGACGCUAGCUUUGGAGAAAGUUAAUGACACGUACGCCUUCAACUUUCACCUCCUUUUGGGCCUGCUGGCCGAAGGCCUGUACAACUUAAACUUCUACUACUGCCAGAACAUGGCUCCCGGCAUCAACCGGCCGUACUCCUUCACCCUGGAGAUGACAGAGAAGAACCCCGGAGGCUUCUUGUCGGCGGCCGAAAUCCCGCUCUCGCGCCUCUACAUCGGCAUGGCCGGAGUCUUCUUCGCCGCCGCCAUGGCGUGGGUGUACACGCUGAUGAAGCACAGGUACAGCGUGUUUAAGAUCCACUGGCUGAUGGCGGCGCUGGCCUUCACCAAGUCCACCUCACUAGUUUUCCACAGCAUCAACUAUCACUUCAUCAACACAGAGGGGCACCCCAUCGAAGGCUGGGCCGUCAUGUAUUACAUCACUCACCUGCUCAAGGGGGCGCUGCUGUUCAUCACGCUGGCCCUGAUCGGCACCGGCUGGGCUUUUGUCAAGUACAUCCUGUCUGAUAAGGAGAAGAAAAUCUUCAUGAUUGUCAUCCCGCUGCAGUGCCUGGCCAACGUGGCCUACAUCAUCAUCGAGUCCACAGAGGAAGGCUCCAGCGAGUACCCGCUGUGGAAGGAGAUCCUCUUCCUGGUCGACCUCAUCUGCUGCGGCGCCAUCCUGUUCCCUGUCGUCUGGUCCAUCCGUCACCUCCAAGAGGCCUCGAGCACGGACGGAAAAGCCGCCAUGAAUUUGGAAAAGCUCAAGCUCUUCCGUCACUACUACGUCAUGAUUGUUUGUUACAUCUACUUCACCCGCAUCAUCGCCAUCCUGCUCAAGGUCACCAUGCCCUUCCAGUGGCAGUGGUGCUACGAGUUCCUGGUGGAGGUAUCCACUCUGGUCUUCUUCGUGAUGACGGGCUACAAAUUCCGGCCCGCCUCCAACAAUCCUUACCUCCAGUUGCCCCAGGACGAAGAAGACGAGGAGAUGGAUGAAAUCGUGACGGAGUCGGGCGCCCUGGAGGGCAUUUCCAAAGUCAAGAAGACGUCGAACGGACGCGAGCGGCAGAAGGAGGCCACCUUGUGAGCGGGUGGGAGGGGGUGCAGGGCUUUCAUUUGGGGAGGAGUGUCACCUGACCAGUGGCACGCACACACAUGGACCGAGGCUUCUUCACCAACCACUGCCACGGGCUCCCCUUUUUCAGAUGCUCCUUCCCACUGCCUGGCUAUGCAAACAGACUUUUUUGUGUAUUUGGACAAACACAAACGGACGGACGAACGAGAGGCCUGACCUCGCUCUUUCUCCAAAGACCAUUUUAGCUUUUCGGAUGUGUGUGUGUUGUUUUCUCUUUAACAUGGUACUUGUGCAUCAGCCUUCCUCUCUAGUGCGUGUGCAGGUCCUGAGAACACAGGAAGCCCCAACCCCACCCCUCGCUCACAUGCUCAGGUCCCCCGCCCACCCACCCACCCUUUAUUUCUUUUUUUAUUUUGGCCAAUUGCAACAUGUUCAGUUUUGGACAUGUUUGAGGUUGUAUAUUUCAGUAGAUUUGCUCAUUGGUCUGGUUCGGCAUUCUGUUCUCAAGGUGAGCCCAAUUUUUGAUCACACAACCAACAGCAUUUUCGUUGUUGGUCUCCCACCCCUGACCCCUCUCAAUUUGGUGCCACUCUGAAAAAUGACCAUAUUGCUUUUGUCUGCUUUUGUUUUUUGUUUUUUUUAGCCUGCUAUUCUGGAUAUGAUGCCUAUUUUACUAAGUAUUGACAAUUUCUUGGAAAGGAAAAGUGUGUAGUGAGUGUAAAUAAUGAGACACACAGAGCCCUCGCAACCGUUUCAGGAAAAGAAAAAAAAACUUGCGUGUUCUUUCAGUGACUUUGAAAUAGUGAAAGUGCACUUCAGGACGACCGACGUGACCCCGCACACGCUCCAGUGCACACUUGUUUGCUUUGUGUGAGGACUCUAUUGAUGGUAAAAUAUUAAUAAACUUUACUGAAGUUUUAUUUUUUUCUUUCCUUCCCCUCCCAAACUGUUACCUGUCAUAAUAAAGAUGGUGUUCUGGACAUGUCACCUCUCAACUUGU